AUGACGUUAUUAAGAAGAAUAUUGAUAUUUAUUUUCCUUGCUUAUACUCUACUCUCGUGCACGUCCAUUAAGGCUCAGCUAUCUUUUACAUUCAAUCAAACGUUAUAUGACAAGAAAUGGAACGAUGAGCCCGAAAUUGUGUUUGGUCAGUCUACGGCCCUGACAGGACAAACACGAGAACUUGGAUAUCCACUUAUGGUAGGAGCCCAGGCUGCCUUUAAGGAAAUUAACGAAUUGGGAGGUGUAUGGGGAGGAAAAAAACUACGCCUCUACUCCUUAGACGACGGAUAUGAACCUGCUCGCUGCAUCAAUAACACUCUCAAUUUACUGAAUAAUCAGUCCAUAUUCGGAUUCUUGGGAUUUAUGGGAACUGGAACAAGUCAAGCCAUUCUCAAUCUGCUCAUAGAAUCAAAAAUACCAUAUAUCGGCGCCCUAACUGGAGGAUUGUUUCUGCGUGUGCCCUUCUAUCCGAAUCUUAUCAACGUAAGAGCCAGCUAUCAAGAUGAAACAGCUGCAAUGGUGGAAUACUUGGUCAACAUUAAAAUGUUGCGCAGGAUUUCAAUCUUCUAUCAGAAUGAUGCCUUUGGAGUGUCAGGAUUGGACGGAUCUACUCUUGCUCUGAACGCUCUUGGUAUGAGUCUUGUCUCUAAGGGCACCUAUGAAAGAAAUACAAUCGAAGUGACGAAUGCACUCAACUCCAUCGUUAAAGGUAAACCACAGGCCAUUAUUUGCAUGUCCACCUACAAACCUACUGUUGAAUUUAUUAAUCGAGUCAUGGCGAGAACAGACUAUGAUCCUGACAUUUUAUUCAUGACAGGUUCUUUUAUUGGAUCCAACAUUCUUCCUCACAGAGAUCGUGUUGUCGUCACUCAAGUAUUUCCAGCUCCCACCAACACGAAAUAUCCAAUCGUUUUGUCAUACCAACGAGCAAUGAAGGCAUACAAUCCUUCUUUUGUUCCAUCAUUGGUUGAAUUGGAAGGUUAUAUGGCUGCAAAGUUAACCAUAAAUGUACUCACACAACGUGUGUCUGGAGAUUUGACUCGAUCUCACUUCAUUGAUUUGCUCUAUGAAUCAGGAACCUAUGUGAUGGACAAUACGGUGGUUGGACCCUAUACAAAAUGCUCCACAACAACGAGCUCCUCUCGGAGAUCGACUUUUAUAUUUGAGGAGAACACAUCCUCUUCAAACAAGCCCACAUUGACAGAAAUAACUCCAUCUGAUUUCACAGCAAAAACAAUAGAAUCGAGUGAAACCGUCAAAAAUUAUCAUCUUAGGAGUGACUGGACCUCUAGAAGAGUGUUGUCAUCUUCCUCCUCAUUUUCCUCUUCAUGCUCAUGCAAUCAAGGACUUCGAUCAGUAUGGAAAACUGUACAAAAUGCUGAUGCCUCAUUCACAGAAAUUGGAGAUCCCAUUGUUUGGGAUUUACCUGGCUCUUCAAGCUUUUCUUGUUUUUUUGAUCCUACCAAAAUUUCUCUUCCCAUAGUGUUUGGUCAUAUUUCGGAUGGUAGUGCGUACAACUCGGAUUUUAUUUCCGGGGUAUCUGCUGCGUUCAAAGACAGAAACGAUAAGCAAGGAGGUGUGAGGGGAAAGAGGCUAGAGAUUUUACCUAUUGUCAUGAAUGACACUUCCACCUCCGUGGAGUCAUUACUUAAUGCGAGUAGAAAAUUUGUUGUCGAUCAUAAUGCUAUUGGCCUUGUUGGAAGUAAGAUUAACAGCAUCUCAACAGCAUCUUCAUUCUUAGAGCAAUUUGCAUCACAAUUUAGUAGCAUGGUGUUGGUUAAUCCAGAGACAUCUUUCGACUCGCCAAAAUUGCGCGAGCAUUUUUCCAUGAACAUUAUUCAUUUAAAAACAUCGAUCAGAGAGAGACUUUUAUCACUCUUGGAUUACAGUAUGAACACUUUAGGACUGACCCGCUUUUCAUUUAUUGGAUCUGAAGACACAGAUGGAAAGUAUGUUCGAUCGCAAUUUAUGAGAAUGCUGGAAGAGUAUGAACUUUAUUUAGAUAGUGAAAUUAUGUUUUCUCCUAAUUCAAAUACUCUUUCCACCUCUCAAAUCAAAGAUUACCUAAUGGCUGAAAAUGCAAAUCCUCAAGUUUUUGUAAUAUCGCUGCCAAACGAUGAAAUAGAGUUCAAUGUUGUACAGAAAAUUCUCACCGGUAUUUCUUCUAUUAAGCUUAGAGAAGAAGUCGUCGUAUUUUGUCUGUAUUUCAAACAUUUGCAAUGGGAGUCAAGAAUUGCUGAUUUACUGAAUAGCUCAUCAUUUUCAUCCAUUCAUUUUUAUUUGGUGGAACCAUUCCCGUAUGUUCACUCCAAGCAUUCGUUUAUUGACACAUACCAAUCAAUUGCCAACAAAUACCUUGCCAAUCGCAACGUAAACACCACAGGAGUUGUUGAAGGCUUUUUGGUGGGAAGUUUCAUAAUCGAAAUCCUUGAUAACAUUUCUCCUCAAACAGAAAUUUCUGGCUCAAGUUUUAUUGAUACGGUGUUUUCCAACUCUGAGUUUAUCAAGUACCAAAUACCAUUUGGUCAAUUUUCAACCACCAAAAAGUGCAGCUUGGGAAUGAGAUCAAAUUAUAUUUUCGAAUUUGUGUCAACACGUUUUGUUCCAGUCUCAACUGUAACUUUUGACAAAUCUAAAUGUGGAGUAGAUGUGAAUGCAUUGAAAGAUAGUGUGCAAGCACCAAUAAUUUUUGGUAAAUUGUAUCCUGUCGAAAACUCAUCUCAGGUGGACGAAUUUAAGGCUGGUGUAAUGUCCUUCAUUCAAGCUCUUAAUGAUAAUGCUGAAAUUCCAAGAAAAGUACAUCUCUAUACUGAAUACUAUACGAGUGAUGCAGAUAUGAUGGAAAAGGCAGCAACUUUAAUUGAACGAAACAAGGUUUUUGGUUUUUUGGGCUCAAAGAUCUCUGGGAACGCUUCUGGGUUGAGGGACCUAGUGGAUUCGCAUGAUAUUCCUCUCAUUGGUCCAGUAUCAGGUCAUCCAGACUUACGGUCACCGUUUUCCAGAUUUAUUAUUAACCUUCGACCAUCCAUUGUGGAAGAAGUGGUAACUGUUGCUCGUUAUGCCCGCUCCUUAUUUUUUCAAACUUCAGAGCAGCUGUCAUUGACCAUUCUCGUGGCAAACCAAGAAUACUGGACUUCUGCAUCAAAAAGUGUGGAAGAGUUCUUUUUAAAGAGUGCUGAAAAUGUGAAGAUUUCCACACUUCCUUUGCCAACGCUUACCAAGCGCUCCAUCAAUAAUGACGUUCCGUAUUAUGGAAAUUUUGUGUUUGUUUUAGCCAACAGCAAUGAUGCAUGCUCAUUCAUAGCACAAUUAGCACAACAACCAAGCACUUCGUUGAUAGGAAUUCCUUCUGAAAUUUCAUGCCCAACACUGUCCGGUUUAAAAACAAAUGUGAUAACUGCCUCUUUUUUAGAGCCGUUUUCCUCAGCUUCUUUCACAAACAUUAUGGCCAAAGAAUUUAUUCAAUACUAUUCUCAAUACUAUCCCCAAAUGAAUAAGACUAUGCUAGCCUAUGAAGGUUUUGCUGUUGGUACAAUGGUGGGCAACAUUUUGAAGUAUAUGGAUAGUGUUAACUUGGAGGUGACCAAGCAGUCUUUUAUUUCGACCCUCUUCUACAGAUCCGUUUUUGAACUUGGUGUCAAUGAUUUUGGACCUUAUGGAGACACAUGUGACUCAAAUGGAGGAUCAACCUCGUCAGGCGGCAGUUUUACUCGAUCCAUCUCUUCUUCAACCUCUGCGACAUGCUCUUCCACUACUGCAUUCUGUAGCUGCAAUCAAGGAGCAAAAGAAAUUUAUCUCAACUUUUUGCAAGAUUUCUUUCUUCUAAAGAAAAUCCAAAAUUAUUCACUACGUUUUCAAACUUGUGGAAUUACAUAUAUUGUCCCUGGCCUCUCUGCAGGAGCUAUUGCUGGCAUUGUAAUUGGAGGAACUCUCUUUUUUAUCAUCACUUUGAUUAUUUGUAUUGUGGUUGUAGUGAUUGCAAGAAGAGAUCCAACUGCCAAAUAUGCACCUAAAUCAGGGAAAAUAACUUGUGCAUUUACAGACGUCCAAAACAGUACUAAGCUUUGGCAAAACAAUGAAAAGGCAAUGAGAACUGCUUUAGAAAUUCAUAAUUCUAUUAUGCGAUCCAAACUAAUGCAAUUUAGAGGUUAUGAGGUCAAGACGAAUGGUGACUCGUUUUAUGUCGUUUUCAAGGACCCACUCGAUGCAGUUAUCUGGGCAAUGGAAGUUCAACUUGCAUUACUGAAUGCUAAAUGGCCAGGCGACCUUUAUCAUGAGUGGGAUUGUCGUCAAGAAUGGGACCCAAAAUCUCGAAAAGCCUUCUGGAGUGGCUUACGAGUUCGUAUUGGAUUACAUUACGGAAAGGGUGAUUGUGUUUGGGACAAGACCAUGAAACGCUUCGAUUACUUUGGAAAUGUUGUGAACAAGUCUGCUCGAAUUGAAGCAUUGGCACAUGGCGGUCAAGUGCUAGUGAGCGAGGAAUUGUUUUACAAAACUCGGGAGUUGUAUUCAAAUGUCGAAUUUAUGAGUGAAACAGCAGACGGGAAAACAUACCUGAGUGUUGAUGGAGCUCGUCACCAUCCAUUAAGUGAAACACAAGAUACGCCAUCCAGUAGCAGUUUCACAUCGAGUACCAAAAGUACAAGCAAAGCCAGUAGCUUUAAAUCUAAACGUCAAAGAGUUGCCAUCGAAAGAACAUUCACAGCCCGUGACUUGGGAGUUUAUCCACUCAAAGGACUCUCCGAAUCGAGUCGAGUCUUUGAAAUUAAGUGUGCAGAAAUUGAGAGUAGAACCUAUCCUCCAUUAAGAGUUGCUUUAGAAGAUUUGGAUCGUUCAGAAUCCUCUGUACAGAGAGAAUAUCAAGACCUUAAAAAACGACAUGAAUUAAAUCGCCGUUCGAGUCAUGGCUCUGUGUCCGAAGCAUCAGCCUAUGACCCAGGUUUUGAUGCCUUGGACGAUCAACAACCCUCACCCGAAGAACAUCAAGAACACCCCUGA